AUGACGGAUAUCAAAGACAAAGAUGACUCAGUAGAAACAGCAGAUACAGCAGACACAGCAGACACAAAAAGUCAAACUGGAACUCGAGGAGAAUGGAUUUUUUUUAUCCGCGAAGGUGACGGUCUGCAUGAAGAUGACGAUGAUUCACGUUGUUCUAAGAAUCUAACGCUAUUUUUAGUUGUAUUGAUUCCGAUUGCCUGGAUUGUGGUGCCAAUUCUGUUCUUGAAAAAAUGUAAAAUGCCCUGUGCAAAGGAAACCAAAAACAGUAAAGUGUCCAGUGCAAUGAUAAUCAAAAACAGAAAAGAUUGAUGGACCAGAGAAUAUCGAGACAGAUGACGUAUAGGUUUUUAAAUCGUAAUGUAACUUUGAUAGUACAUGUUACACAUUUGUAUAAGAUAUUAUUACAAUUGAAAUGUGUUAUUUUUUGUGGGUUUUUUUUGUUGUUUGU